AUGAACCUUUUUAAUAACAAUACAGAUCAUUUGAUGGAAUUAAACGAGCUAAGGGAAUACAAGCGGCUCAUGACUGAAAAGAUGAAGAAAUACGAAAUUGAGGUAUAUUCGUAUAGAAACCAAAUACGAAAUUUAAAGAAAAGCCAACUCCACGGGGGAGACGUGAACAUACAGCUGAUUAACGUCUUCAUUAAUGCCAUUUGUGAUAUAGUACAGCACAUCUGUUCGGACGUGCGAACCCCAGUUUUGGCCCUCCUCCCGUUAAUCCAUUCCAUACUGAAUUCGAUCACCGUGAGGGAUAAGAAAAUAUACCGAUGCACAAAAUUGAUACAUACAAUAUUAACCCAAAUAGGAAGUACACACGUGGAGAAGAGUACUGGAGAGACAGCCGAAGAGGAGGAGAAGGCGGAAACGAAGGACGAACUUUCUCCUCACAAAUUAGAAGACCUAGAGUGGCUAGCUUCCGAAACUGAUGAUAAGGGGUGGCUAGCCAUUUCUGACAGAUGGGAAUUAUGCAGGAGGGAUUUAAAAUGGUUGUGUGUGAAGACAAACAACAGAUCAUGGUUACUCUACCGGCACCUCUGGGAACACUGCUCCAAUGAUCUGAAAUACGUAUCUGUACUAUUUGAUGAUAAGAAAUGGUUACAUCUGCAUAAUGUUUGGAAAUUUAUUCCCCUCAGUUUGAAAUUAAGAGCUAUCUCGUCAAAGGACCCAAGUGUUUGCAAGCCAUCCUUGACUGAAAUGAUCCUAAAGGAUGAUGAUAUUUAUCGGGACAAUACUUUACCAUUCAGUUUUCACUUGUUGAGUAAGACCAACAUGUGCAGUGAUCCUCAUUUGACGGACAGUCUUUCAUCCAAGUGCCUCCCAGGCAGCCGGAUGGGGUUAUACUCUCAUAGGAAUAGCACUCAUUUAUACGCAGGGGAUUCCCUGAGGGGGAAAGAAAAUAGAAAGUUGUUAUUACUUCGUACUGAAGUUGAAGAAGGGGAGAAUUUCCUAAAGGAGUCAUUCCGAAAUGGAAUUGCUGGUAUGGAGAGGGGUACCCUUUUAGGAGGGGGUUCCAAAAGUAAAAAAACAUUGGGAUCCUCUCCUGCUAACCGUAUUAAAAAGGAGAGUAACUGUAUAGGAAGAAUGCUUUACUUGACUAAUUCAGGACGGGGGAGAGUAAUUCCUGGACCACGUCCCGCUCCAACUACGCAUUUGAAAGGUGAAGGGGGGAAACCCUUGUCAACCGGAAGAGGUGUCACCAGAAUAUUGGCACCGCAGAACAGACAGGAAGACAAAGGAGAUAAUGUAGUAGCCCCUUGUGCUGAAAAAGAGUCCAAUCGAGUUGGAGGUUUGGGUAGAAGUAAAUACUCCAAUGAGACCCAUGUCAAGGGAAUUUUUAUCAUAAAGGAAACCCAGGAAGAUGUAUCUAAAGGGGGAUUCACUCAGGAAGUUACUCCAAAGGAUGCCAAUCCCAAUGGUGCGCACGCAGUUGAGAGUAAUAAAGGGGAGCUAGCGAAAAGACAGGGGAGUAAAAAUAUCAUGAGGGGUGAAAGGUUUCUGUCAAAAGUGCCAAACGGGGGAUCGCCAAUGGGAAAUCAAGAAAAACAAAGUUGCUAUUUUAAAGGUACCGAAAUGAGUGCCAAAGCGGUGGAACAAAGAAGUGACCUCUCAGUUGAACCGCACAUUUUAAAAGGAAGCAACCCAUCUGGGGUGGAAGGUACAGAUGAAUCCAACACCUUAGCGGAGACAGCUGUAGGAAGUUCAAAGACAGGCGUACCUAAUAGACUCGUGUCAUCCCUUCAGAAAGGAAAGAUUGUACCAAAAGGACCCCCGUUAGGGGCAUAUACUCUCAUUUUGAAGCAUCCAGUUAGUGGGAAAGGUUCAGAAGCAGAACAGAAAGGCAACAGUAGUUUGUCCGUGCAAAAUGGAAAGGUCAAGAUGUUGAAUGGACACCUGGAGGGGGUCAUCUCGAAGGUGAAGAAUGCCCCAAAGAAAAUACCCCCCCUUACAGGCGGAUUAAUAAAAAACUUUCUAAAAAUGAAAGAACCAAAUGAGAAGAAUAUUUCUGAUUUUUUAAAGAAAAAAAGUUUCAAAGAAAGCCCAUUGGAUUUUAAAAAAAGCGGCAGCAUUGUGCACGUAGAUCAGGUGGUCAUCGCUACUUCGAGUGAAGAUGGUGGCAAAGAAGAGGAGAUCCAAGCGAGCGUGUCACAGCGGGAGGAGAGUCCCAAGAAGACGCCCAAGGGAAGUUCCAAUACAUAUUUCUCUGACAUAUUUAGUGCAUUCAAUUUCACGAUAAAUGGAAAGUUAGGAAGGGCAUCGAGCCACAGUGCUGACACGGAGAGGGAGGAAAGGAGAAGUGAAUUUGGUACUCCUGGGGAAGAGAAAAGUUCGGACACCAGCGACGAUUCAGAUGCGGAACAGGAACAGCAUAGGGAUCGAAUAGCUAGUGACUUGGAAGGUAAAGAAUUUCCAGGGGUAGAAAAAGAGGAGGAGGAAAUGGUAAAGCGGGAAGACAGCGAUGAAGGAAGCGCGGAUGGAAAGACAGAUGGAAAGACAGAUGGAAAGACGGAUGAAAAAGCAGAUGGAAGCGUAGAUGGCAGCACGAAAUUCCGUGUGCAUCCCAUGGGGAGAAGCUUAAAGGGAUAUUCAAUGAAGAAGGACUUCCUGCAUGUUAAGAAGUCAGUAUCGAGUGCUGUGGAACCAAGCGAUGUGGGUUCUCUGUUUCAGGAUGAUCCACUGUCCAAAACGAUCGGCCACCUGGACCAGAACAACACAAAGGGGUUCUCCCCCAUUUUGGAGAAACCCAUAAAGAAGUUUCCCCCAAAGAAGAGCAGUGGCAUUUUACAAAAGGUCCUGAACGCUGACUUGGAUCAUCUGAAUUAUUCAAGUAAAAGAAUGACUGCAGAAGAAAUUGCGAAACAUAAGAAUGCAUCGCUCCAUAUAACUGUGAAGAGGAAGGUAUCUUUGUCGUCGUUAAAAAUGAAAACAUUGCGGAAGGGCUGA